AUGGGUUUAGUGUGGCGAUGUCAGGGGGUAACGAGGGCCGACUGCUCUGCAAGGGAAGGUGAACCAUGGGUGGAGCAUGAUACCAAGCCAGGUGGGAGCAGAGACCUCACCAAGAAGAAGCAGGAUGUGGAGCAGCAUGUUUGGCUCAUGAUCAGGGCCAGAGACAGUGAUCAGGGAGAUUCCUUUACACAGUUCCGAUUUGCUGACGAGAAGGAAUGGGAUAGAGAAAGCAUAUGCCAUAAGCAGUUAUCUGCACUUUCUGUUGACUGCCAGUCCUUGGUCCAGGCCCUUCAGGAAUUGCCUCUACAUCUGAGGUUGAAUGUAGCUGCUGAACUUCUGCAGGCAUCAACACCUGUAGAGCUCCCACAGAUGAAAUCUAAAAUUAUUGAAGAUGGCAAGAGGAGAGAGCUUUUGUUCCGACAGACUCUGGCUCAAAGUGAAACAGUGUUGGUCUCCCAUCCCACUGGUGAUUCUGUUGCUCCAUCAGAGCCUGGAAGUAAAAAUGGUCCUGGGGCAAGUACAGCAGAACCAUUUCAGAGAGCCCAACCACAAUCAAAGCAAGAGACUGACCAUUUGGAUGAAGAACUAGAUCUUCUCCUAAAUCUAGAUGCUCCCCUUGAUACAGAAAACAGGCCUGUGUCAGGUUCAUUACCCUACAACAUAUCAACUGAGAAAGAUUUGAAAAUGGAUUGUAAGGAAACCGACCCUUUAAAACUAGAUAUGCCUGAAGAGAAGAGUACAGCAUCACCGCAACAGCAAAGUACAUCUAAAAAUGUUACUGAGGAAGAGCUUGAAGAUUGGCUGGACAGCAUGAUUUCCUGAAGCUCAAAUUUUCUUAUGUGAUUAAUUGAAUAUAGUAAACAUUAAGUAGAAAGUUGAAUCUUCCUUUAUCUCCUUGUUACUUCUUUAUCUGUUUCACUUUGUGCAGUAUGCCAAAUGCCUGGUUUUCUUUGCUGGCACCUAAAAUUCUGUGCAACCAAAAUUCACUUAGAUGUGAUUGAAAAUUGUCUAAGACUAAUAUUCUUAGAAAGGUCUAAAAUUUGUGAUGAAAUUAGCAUUGCCUUUGCUAAAGAUGCAGGCGACAGCACACUAAGAGAAGUUAUUUCAGCUUGUACUUGCUCUGUGCAGUCCUUACAAUAAAGCUAUGAAUGAACAAUGAA